UUUUAAUUGAUAAAAAUCUAAACAUUACUCGCAAUGAGAUCAUAAAUUCGAAUAUUGAAUAAAAUGAAAAUUAAUCUUUUCAAAAUAUGUUUUUACAAUUGUUUUUGUACUUUGUCCUUUCCAUAUUUAUUUUAACCAUCGUACUGUGUUUGUGUAUUGUAGUGUUAAGAACCCAUUAUUCAUCUAAAAAAAAUAAGUUUCCAUCACAAUUUAGUGUUGCUUUUUUCCAUCCAUACUGUAACUCUGGUGGCGGUGGCGAACGAGUCUUAUGGUGUGCUGUCAGCGCUGUUAGUGCUGCCUACCCAAAAGUAAAGAUUAUAAUUUACACAGGUGAUCUAGAUGCAUCUCCGAUAGAAAUUGUCAAACAAGCAAAAUUAAGAUUCAACAUAAUUUUGCCCUCAAAUUUAGAAUUUAUAUAUCUACAUAAAAGAAAAUGGGUUGAAGCUGAGAAUUAUCCUUAUUUUACUUUAUUAGGUCAAAGUAUUGGUUCCAUUAUUUUAGGUAUUGAAGCACUUAAAUUGUUUCAACCUGAUGUUUAUAUAGAUACUAUGGGUUAUGCAUUUACUUUUCCAUUAUUUUAUAUUAUUGCGAAGUGUAAAGUUGGCUGUUAUGUUCAUUAUCCUACCAUAAGUUCUGAUAUGAUGAAUAAAGUUGUGCAACAAAGAGGAAAACGCAAAAGAAUAUCUUAUAUUAAACUUUUUUACUAUCAAAUAUUUGCAAAAUUAUAUAGUAUGGUUGGGUGGUUUUCAGAUUCUAUAAUUGUAAAUAGUUCCUGGACUGAAGACCAUAUUAAAUCACUAUGGAAACGAUCACUAAGUACUCAUAAGGUAUAUCCACCUUGUGAUACUUCUGAUCUACAAUGUAUACCUUUGGAAAGAAGUAAUAAAAAAUCUAUUAAAAUUAUAAGCUUAGCUCAAUUUAGACCAGAAAAAGAUCAUCCUUUACAACUUAAAGCUAUGUAUCAUCUUAGACAAUUGGUGACAGAACAUCUCUGGGAAAACAUAGAAUUAGUAUUCAUCGGAUCUACUAGAAAUCAAGAAGAUAAAAUGAGAGUUGUUGACAUGAUGGAUUUAUGUAAACACUUGUCAUUAGAAAAUAAUGUUAAGUUUAAAGUCAAUGUAAGCUAUGAAGAAUUAAAACAAGAAUUAUCAGAAGGUUUUAUAGGAUUACACUCUAUGUGGAAUGAACAUUUUGGUAUUGGUAUUGUAGAAUGUAUGGCUGCUGGUUUAAUAAUGGUUGCUCAUCGAUCAGGCGGGCCUUUAAUGGACAUUAUUAUAGAGGAGGGUGCAGGACAAAAUGGAUUUUUGGCAACUAAUGAAGUGGAGUAUGCACAUGCUAUUCAUAAAGCUAUACUUUUGACAGAUGAACAAAAAUUAUCAUUACAAAAAGCUGCAAGAGGAUCUGUUAAUCGAUUUUCUAAUGAUCAGUUCAGGGAUAAUUUCUUACGAGCUGUACAACCAUUGUUUAGUUCAAAAAAAUUAACAUAAUCAAUAAAAUGUUGGCAUUUUAUAAUUAAGAAAUGUUAUUUUAUUUUUUAUUAAAAAAAAAAAUGAAAACCAGUUAUCUUAAUAAAAUAUUAUUCACAAUUUA